UUUUGUUCGUUGCUAUAGAUUUAUAUUGAAUUCUCUGUUUUGUUCCGAGCUCUUAAUAUCCUCCAUGGCUGAUAAAUCAGAGUUUGAUCCCCAGCUUAUCAUCUCUCACAAAUUCCCAGAGCAUAAGCACGAAGGAAAGUCAAAAUUAAUGGUUUUCUUUAAAAGUAGAGAUACUGCACUCUAUGCCCUUGGUGUUGGAGCAUGUGCAGACGAUGCCGUGAAUGAUAAGGAGCUUAAAUAUGUUUACCAUCAUGAUGGCCAGCAAUCCAUCCAGGUUUUGCCAACAUUUACUGCUUUAUUUUCUCUUGAUUUUACUUCACAACUUGCACAGCUACCAGGAUUUCAAUAUGAUCCGCAUCUUCUGUUGCAUGGACAACAGUAUGUUGAAAUUUACAAGCCCCUUCCUUCUAGUGGUUGUAUACUAAAUAAGGCAACUGUUGCUGGAUUACACGACAAAGUUAAGGCAGCUGUUCUUGAAAUCGAAGUUGUAAGUUAUGAGAAAGACACGGGUGAAAUGCUAUGUAUGAACAGGAUGACUGUUUUUUUGAGAGGUGCUGGUGGCUUCUCAAAAUCAUCCCAGCCAUACUCCUAUACUAGAUAUCUAGCUAAUAGGACGUUGGAGUAUAAAAUCCCAAAAACUCAACCAUUUUCAGUGUAUGAACAACGUACACAACCAUCACAGGUGCGUGAGUUUGUAUUUAUCGUGCUCAGAUGUGAAUAAAGAGAAGGAAAGUGG